AUGAUCUCUCAAACCCUCAAGCUUGCAUCCCUCCUGGCCUUCUGCGGCCUCUCCGGCCUCGUCAGCGCCGACUGUGACCUCCACAACACCCUGACGGAGCCGAUGACCGAGCCUGAAACCAGAACCUCCCUCUGCCAGACCAUGGGCCCGGAUAGCUGGACCUUUGCAUUGGACGUCAGUGAGGUGUCCGUUCCCACAUUUGAUGGAGACAACCCGUUAGAGGGCGUUGCGGGCAACACGGCCUUUAUCGUCUACAACAAUGACUGCAUCCCCAUCGGAAUCUAUUCGCCCGACGAUGAGGGAAAUGACUGCGGAGUGACUUAUUGGAUCAAUGACAUUGGCCUUCCUUAUGACAUCGCAAUCUCGCAAGUCAACUUCGACGUGGGUGCCCCCAGCUUCACCAUCAAUUAUGCCAACGGUGCAUACAUGAUUGGGGAGAAUGGGGCUACCUGCCAGGAUAUUUCGGAUGGUCUCUACGCGGAGCAGGCCUGCCACGCCGCCUUUCCCAUCAAUGGGGAGCCUGAGGGAACACACUUUGCGGGAUGGGUAGGCAACGAUGGCAUCAUACGGAUUUCCACGCGUCUCAAAGCUCCAAUCAGUGAUGCCUGGCUCGAUCCGAAGAGGUUCUUCAGCCUCACCGCCGUCGCCAUUGAUGUAAAUCCCUUUUUCGACAUGUACUGUCGGGUCUUCGCCUGGGCGUCCGGACAAGAGGAUUUUAGCGGCAUCGAUGAUUUUGGGGGUAUCCUUGACGAGUUGGCGCCAUGCUGUUCGCCAUUCGCGGGAGUUCCAGUCGUCGAUGUGGUAGGUUUAUUUGCACCUGGGAGAGAUGGUGGCUCCCAUUGCUCAGGCAUUGUAGGUGCAAGUAUGGUGCUUAACACGCUGGAUUUGCUCUUAUAUGAACUUUCAAAAGUGAUUCUUCUCAAGGAGAAGUCCGGCGCUUGCUUGCUCCAAUACUAUGACCGAACCGUGGCAUAUUUGGUUGUUUCGUCCAUGAUCCAAUGA